AUGCACAUCGCCUGGCGUGUACUCACAUCUUUUUCCGGAGAGUUGGGCAUCAGCGUGGAAGGCAUCCAGCGGUCUAUCAGUUACAUCUUCCUGAUGGGCAAGCUGGGCGUGGCAAGUACAGUGGCGCUGGUCAGUCUGGCGUUAUGUCUGCAUCGUGGUACUAUAAUGCUGACUAGUGGUUGCACUGUUCCAACCAAAAUCGAUCCAGGAGCCGAGGAUAUAUGUCAAAAAGACGCCUACAAACUAGUUCUAGAGCCUGUUCAAUCCUGUACCUGA